GAUUGCUUUGCGGAGUUUCUCUGGAUUGUCACCAGGGUCUGGUCCGUCUAUAUCAAAAUUAUCAUCACCCUCGCCGCCAGAAGGAGUUUCGCUACUGCUGGCAGUCACCCAGUCACUGCCCUCGGACUGAUGAGGUUGAUUCUCACCAUCACUCCCGCCAGUAUUGUUCCUGUCGCCAUCGUUGUUGGCUCCCUCGUCAGCUGCCGUGUUGGCCGCCCUGAUCUCGAUCCACUCGAGCCUUUCUUUGUACAUGUGAAUUUUCUGCGCGAAUUCGUACAACUCGUCCGGGUAGUUCUCAAUGUUGGUCUCAAAAAAGUGCCUUUUCUGCAAGCCCAGUUCGUACAUUUUAUUACGAGCUUCGUUGAAGGCGUCACGGAGCUCUACCAAGCGGUCAACCUCGUACUUGUCGGGGUUUUCUGGUAGCUCCAUCUUCCCAAGUGUGUCGCACAACCUCUUGAAGAAGUCA